AUGAUGAAAAAGAAAAAGAUUACACCCAACGAUGCUGAUGAACUUAAUAGCCUAGAUGAAUAUGAAUUAACGGAUGAUACAACAUCGCAAGCUGUAUCGAUCAAUGAACUGGCACAAGGUUCGGCAUCCAGUAUUACUAUUGGCCAUAGUGUUGGUACAGUGAUGUCGUUGAAGAGGACGCACAAUAUAGAACAAGUUGCUAAAAAAAACGUAUUAAGCUUUAAAAAUUUCAUGAAAUUCGUUUUAGUACAUUUUUGUUAAAAUAAGUUAAUCGUUAUUGUAGGAUAAUUACUUUUUGUACUAUUUCAUAUGUCAAUUAUGAUUAUGUAUUUUAUUCGAUGAUGUAAAUACUUGUUUUUAAAUAAAAUUAGUUCGAAUAGAGGGUUCUGCUACUGUAAAUAUCUUUGAUUUCCCCAUUCAGUCAACUAAUUCUAAUUCGGAUAUGAUAAAAUAUGAUCACUAAUUCUAGUGAAUUAUAGAAUAUUUCAAUAAGCUAUAGAAAUUGUAGCAUUACUACUAACAUGAUGAUAUAUAUAUCGCACAUAUGGUCAGCUAUCACAAGUUCUUGAUAUACUCUACCGUAUUCUUAUUUAGUUUCGCUCAGUCAUUUCCUUGCAUCACAUUCUUUAUCUGAUCACAUUUACUAAGUUAGCUAGCUUACAACGGUUGAACACUUAACAUGAGAAAAAACGUUCCUUUAAAAUUCAAACAAUAUAUUUCAGUCCGCUCUAACUAAUUUUUCUUUCUCUUUUCGCGCACGACGAGAAAGUUCUCUCUGCCUUUUCUCUCUCACAUAAAUAUAUGGGUGAAUCGUAUUCUAUUUGUACAAUUGUACACAAGCUACUAAUUGGCAAAUAACUUUUGUUUCACAACUCCAAUUGAUUUGAAAAUUUUACAGAGUACGCAUCUAGGUGUCUCCCUACACUUCUGAAAGCUUCAGGAGUCAAUAUCAUUUCUAUCUAGGGUUAUGCUUCGUAAAAGUGAAAAAACAUAAAAAAUUAGCGCUACCUCUCGGUAGAGUUGAAAAAUUUUCAAAUGGAAAAGUUUAUUGUCGCAUUUCGUUUAAUGAGAGAGAUAUAGGAAAAUGUUCAACGAAUCAGAAUAUGACUUUAGUUUUCCUUAAAAAUGCCUUAUUUGAUAAAUAAAUAAAAAAUAUUGAGUUGUCACACAGUUUGUCUUUUUUUGUCCCGUUAUCUUAAAAUAUGAUUUUCUCAUGAAAGAAAUAUGCUAACCCACUCGGAACAAUUUAAAAAAUAAGAUCACUGGUAGGCACAACUUCUCUGGAAAAAGUACUAGAUUUAGUCAAAAUAUUAAAUGGGUAUGAGCAAAUAUAUUUUCAAAAAUUCUAAUGUAUACUCAUUUUGUCCCGUUAUUUUUUGAAAUUUGUGACUUAAUUAUCUCUUAAUUGGUUUCAUUAUUUUACAUGAAAUUUAUACUCUUUUCUACUCCCUAUGCUACCUAUAUCUGAUAAAAAAUUCAACCUACUCACAUGUUCUUGAACCAAGCAAUCGGUAAAUUAUAUGUAAAAUGUCCCGUUAUGUAAAACCAUGAAUAUCUCAAUCAUUUUUAAGUCAGUUAUUAACUUAUAAUACACCAUUAGAUUGGUCAUUGGUAGGUCGAUCUAAUGGUAUAAGUUUCAGAAUGAAGUUUAGUUGUAUUGUUGAAAAUCGACAGAAGAUCUCUUCUGGUUUCAAAAUAGCAAUUUUUUCCUGGAUGCUUGAAGAUUUAACCUCGUUUCAGUGUGCUUGUGGCUUUUAUUUGUUAUCUGAGAGUGUGCUUGUGACGAGAUAAGUUUCUACAAGUGUACUUUUUGUUUUAAAGCGUUUUCAGUAUCUUGAAACAAGAACUGGCAAGAAAAAAGAACGACUUAUUUCAAAUUUUACGACUUUUUCAAACAUUCCUCAGGUUUAAUUUUUAUUCGAAGGUUCGGCUAUAAAGUUUUUUGACACAUAUAAUAUAGCUGGACUAAUUGGUGCAUUUUUCGUUCUUUUAUAUUAAAAACUAUUACGUUUAAAAAAAAUCCUCUGAAAAUAAUUAUAUGAACUUCUCACAUUGUAUUAAGGAUCUUAUUUUUUAAGUAAAGUGUAGGGAAAAUACGUUUCCGGUAGAUGUUUUCGGUUUCUCUAUGAUACUAUGCAUCUAUUUUUCUAAUAUGAACACUUUCAUUUUUUUGAUUUUUUUUCCUCCAAUUGUACAAAUGGAAUACGAUUCACCCAUAUAUAUGAUGACACUUCACAUAUUCGCUACCAUUCCAUAAUCCGCCGUAGAAGAAACACGUUUCUAUUACAAAUAAAGCAACGAUCAUCAUAUUGUUUCACUGACUUAAAGUGAACCAGUGUAUGAAAUGUUCGAAAAAUUUCAACAACUUGUAUUGCCUGCUGAUGUUCUCACACUUGAGGGUGAGAAAUUUUUUGAGCUGGUUACUCAAACAUGUGGAGAAAGUUUUAAAGAAUUGAUGGAAGUACUUUCAAUCAGUAACGUUUAUAAACUACUAUUGAUUGAAAAGCUUGUUAGCGCAGCCCCUUUGGGGCUAAAAUGUGGAACUCACAUAUAUCCCUUCGGCUUACUAAAAUAAUUCAAAAUAAUUCAUCUGAAAAAUCUACCCUGAUUUUCAAAACCUAUAAUUAGAUCAUUGCCUAUUUGCACUUAUGUCUGUAAUUGAGUAUUAAUUGUUAGCUCGUAUAUUUAACAAUGGCAGA